AUGGCUUCGUGGAGGUACAUAUUUUGUGCUGUCGAAUAUUUGUACAAAAAACUUGGGGCUUUGCACGUGCCUUUCCUGGCCUCAAAAGCACAUUUCAUCAAUCACUUUCCUUUUGUGAGCACUAUACGACAACAAAGGUAUGUAAGUUGCAACACUUCUUAA